CGAGCCCUGCUGGAGCACAGAGCAGCCCGCCCUCGCCGAGCAGCAGACCGGGCUCUGACGGUGACGGUUCCAAACACACUCUGUCAGCCGGGACAGCAGCAGAGAGCGUCGGAUGAUCCGGACCAGCAGCAACGGGACCAAAACCGAGCUGCAGUGGACUGGACAGGCUUGGGAGAAGGAGUAGACUGUAAAGAAAAGAAGAGGACUGCUUUUCUGUGUUCACUGUUUUCAAAAAAGUUGUGCCUCAAAGAAAGGACGAGCGGAUAUUGGAGGAUAUUGCAGCGCGUGCGCUGGUUGUAGAGAACAUCUUGUUUUGAGGUCGGUGGAGAGGGUCAGAGGAGCGAGGUCCUGGGAUGAGAACUCUCUGCGUUUUCCCUGCCUCCCCCAGACCUCCAGGAGGAAUACGCUGGUUUACACUCUGAGAGUGUGUGGUGUGUCUGACGCCGUCAGGGUGCCAUGGCUCUGGUUCAGGCACUUCCUGUCACCGUGACUGACCACCCCAACCAAGGUCUCGACAUCCAGCAGUGCCGGCCGCUAUCGUCCCACUCUCCCUCCGGCCCCUGCCCUGGACCCUGUGGUCCCUGCAGCUCUGGGACAGCCAUGGGUUCCGUUAGCAGCCUCAUAUCAGGCCGAACGUACCAGGAGAGACACUGCCGGGCUGCCAGCGAGUUCACCGCCAAGGCACGCCGCUCCACGCCGGCCACCAGCUGCUUCCGGCUCCAGGAUAACACCCUUCGUAGCACAAGCUCCCUGGAGCAGCUGCUGGUUAUCAGCAACCAAACACUUCCCCAGGCCCAGAUUCUACCUCCACCGCUGCCCACCAAGAAACAGCCCAGGCCGGGUAACACUGCUGCGGCAGGUGGUGGUGGUGGUGGAGGGGUUACUGGGGCAGUAGGUGGCGUUGGUAUCACUAAUGGGAACUAUGGGCAUGUGGGAGAUGAGGUGGUUUCUGGAAACUGGAAAGAGAACCAGGUGCUGCCAGCUGCGAGCCCCUGCAGUGACUCUGAGGACCAAAGGGACAACAGGGCAAUGAACGGCAACAUUGGAGGUCCUCCACCCAAACUCAUCCCAGUGUCUGGACAGUUGGAGAAGAACAUGGAGAAAGUGCUGAUCCGUCCUACAGCGUUCAAACCUGUCGUCCCCAAGAACCGUCACUCUGUGCACUACCUAUCACCCAGGCCAGGGGGCAGCAGUUUAUCAGAGAGCCAGGCCAGCCUCAACCUCCUGCUGCCCCUUGGAGGGUCCAACAGCUCCAACAGCACGAACGGGAAUGGAGGGAGCAGUAGCUCCAGCUCUGAUGGGAAGCGAAACUCCUUCAGUGGAGGGCGAAAUGCUCGGAGCAGCCAGUCCUGCUCCAUGUCAGAUUCAGGGAGGAACUCCCUCUCCAGCCUCCCUACUCACAGCAGCACAGGCUACAGUCUGGCCCCCAGUGAGGGCUCCAGCUCCGGGUCAGGCACUGGUGGCCAGCUGGAGCCUAUUUCCAGUCUGGGUCGGAACACUUCAGGUGGGAGUGGGAGCCAUAAUCACACUAAUUCAGACAGUGGACGUUCCUCAUCCAGUAAGAGCACAGGCUCAGGGUCGCUCAGUGGGCGCGGGCAGCCCCUGUCAGACAGCGGGUCCUGUGGACACUCGCCACCACCUGUGGAGGGCUACGAGGGGGUGGUGAGGGAGCUGGAGGAGAAGCUGAGGGAGCGAGACUUGGAGCUGCAGCAGCUCAGAGAAAAUCUGGAUGAGAAUGAAGCAGCCAUCUGCCAGGUGUACGAGGAGAAGCAGCGUCGCUGUGAAAGAGAGAUGGAGGAGCUGAGACAGAGCUGUUCAUCGAAGAUGAAGCAGGCUUCUCAAAAGGCCCAAAGGGCACAGCAAGUGUUACAGUUACAGGUGUUUCAGCUACAGCAGGAGAAAAAGAAGCUGCAGGAGGACGUCUCCUCUCUGUUACAGGACAGAGAGACACUGGAGAGGAGGUGUGCCAGCAUCCAGAGGGAGCAGACUCAGCUGGGGCCACGGCUGGAGGAGACAAAGUGGGAGGUUUGUCAGAAGUCAGGCGAGAUUUCCCUCCUGAAGCAGCAGCUGAAGGAGAUCCAGUCAGAGCUUAGUCAGAAAGCCGGAGACAUUGUCGUGCUGAAGGCUCAGCUGAGAGAGGCCCGCUCUGAACUGCAGGCUAGCCAGGCACGAUCCCAGGAGGCCCAGGCGGCCCUGAGGACGCGAUCACUGGAGCUGGAAGUCUGCGAGAAUGAACUCCAGAGGCGCAAGAGCGAAGCCGAGCUGCUCCGAGAGAAAGCGGGCCGUUUAGAAGACGAGUCUGUCCGUCUGCGUGACACUCUGUCCAACCACAGUGUACAUCUAUCCGGAAAUGCAACCAUGAAAGGCCAGUGCAUGAGCCUCUCCCUUCAACAAAGUAGAAGUAUGGGAGGAAGAGGAGGUCCCAGCCCCUGUGUGUACCGCGAUGGAGAAGAGACUCAUCUGGUGUGGGGAGGAGAGAGUGAUGAAGCAAAGGCUCAGAGGCAGAAUGCAGAGACAGUGCUGGGACUCAGACAACAGGUGGACCGGCUGAAGGCUGAACUUAUGUAUGAGAGGAGGACGAGCGAGGAGCAACUUUCACACUUUGAGGACGAAAGGAGAGUGUGGCAUGAGGAGAAGGAAAAGGUAAUCCGCUACCAGAAACAGCUGCAGCAGAACUACAUCCAGAUGUACCGUCGAAACCGGGAUCUUGAGCGGGUGAUGAGGGAGCUGAGUCUUGAGCUGGAGAACAGGGACAUGGAGGAGUACGAGGUCCACAGUGGCAGCAACGACAUCCACUUUGAGGAAAUCACCGCCACUGAGAUCUAAAAAAAAAAAACAAUCAAAGACUUACAGUAUUAUGUGCACAGGAACAUGGAAACACUCUGAGAAUAAAAAACCAAACGUGGAUCUCCAGGCCAAAUACUGCACUACCUUCAAGAUGCCGUUACCUGGACGACUAAGCGAGCACUCGCCACUUGUCACUGUCAAAAGGGAGAUCUCCCAAAGGUGCAUUCUUACUUCCUGCUCCACUAAGCACUCCAAUAAAUCCUUAUAAGGUGUCUCCCCCUGGGCGCUUUUUUUAAUGGGUUUUUCCACUACAAAGCCAGCACAAAGACUCCUUUCCAGAAACAGUGUGUUUCCUUCUUACACCAUGUUCAGAUCAGGGUAUCCAAAACCAACAAGGAAAAUGAUGCAAAAAAAAAGUUACAAUUUGCACAGCAAUCUAGUCCAAGCGCGUCACACCUGCUCUUGGGUAGCACACAAGGUUAAAGCCGGCCACCAGCAUGCAUUAAACGAUGCAUCAUUACAACAGUCACAUUAUCACCACCCACAUCGCUGGCUCUAAAGGAUGACAUCAUCACCCCAACAUAAACACACUACUCCUCCAAGUUACAGCAAAAGGGAAAAUAUCACAACAUGUUACACCAUCAGAGGAUCAUCUACUUAUUGCAGUACACAAGAUUUAACAGGAUGAAAUGAAUUUCCAUGGCAGUGUUUUGACUGUUUACCCCCAAGAGAAAUGCAGUAGCAAUGUUCACCAUCGGCAAAGGGAAACAAGGUGUCAUUUUGCACAACUUUCCUUCUUACUUUAGUUUGGGAUACAGCCAUCAUCCUGAGAAGUAAAUCAGCAUGAAGUUUGAACUUUAGUUUCUUGGGUUCCUUACAUGCGGACUUCUUAUUCUGUCAUUUUCCAUCCAAACCGCAGAGGACACAGGCAACCCAGCAUUCAGAGGAAAUGCUUCAUUUGAAAGCUGCUCUUGUUUUCUUGACCACAAAUAGUCACACUAAAUCAAUCUGUCAACUCAUGUAAACAAUGCAGCAAGCUCUGUCAUUAACAUUUCCAUUUAACAUUUAUGUAGCACUAUAGAAAGCAGACUGUAGCAUUGGAGAUGUGACCAGGAGGCUGCUGGUUCCCCUCUUUGUCUAGCUUUUUCUGCCUUUGUGUCUCUCUCUCUCUCUCUCUCUCUCUCUCUCUCUCUCUCUCUCUCUCUCUCUCUCUCUCUCUCUCUCUCUCUCUCUCUUUCAUUCUCCAUCUCUAACUCUGCUUCUCACUCAACUAUUUUUGUAUCAGUGAAAAGCGCCUCAGCAGUCAGUAUCAGGAAUCUAAAAAUGGAGCAUAUUCUUUUACUUUGGAUGUGACGUCACUGAGAGAUUUAAGCCAGUGUUUGAACUGUAGGCAUGCUUAUUCAGAGUUUCCGUUUCUUCCCCUUUGUUCCCAUUAAUGCUCUUUAUUUAGCUUCUGGCCGCCUAAAGCCAAAUUAACACUUUUAGAGUCUUCCUAGUCUCACCAUAGACUAUAAUCUUCACUGACUGCUAUACAGGAAAUGAGACUGGCAUGACUGCAUGUCUUUGUUAUAUCAGAUUUCUGAAGAAGCCUGCUGAGAUGGCGGUAAAAUGAGAGUUUGCAGAUGCAGUAGCUCCAACGCAAAUGUCCUCAAGGCAGGUCGGCUUUGAAGCCCUUAAAUGACCAUAUUUACAAGGCGGCCAUUUUCCUUUAACAGUAUGAUCAGGCUUUAAAGCCCAAAUGCUCAACUGUGCUCCAAGUUUUAAGCUGUAUUGUCAUUCUUGAUUGUACAGGAACUGAAAAAGCAAUCAGUUGUGAAAAUGUGGGGGGAUACAUAUUAGUCCAUAUUUCAAGACACAACAUGUGUUGAUGUUUUACAGUGGCUAACAUCAGCAUUUAGCUUCUGUCUAGCUAAUACUGUUUGGUAGUGUUACAGUUGUACAAUAUAUAAAAAAGAGUAAAUGCUGUGUCACUUAAAUGUUAACUAGGAAUCAGCCUGCUAAACUAUGCAGCAGGAAAGGUGUAAACUGCUAGCUAACUUCAUUUUAGCUAGGAAUAAACUCCCCACACAAAUCACACAAAUCCAUUGGCGAGGUGUAAAUUGUUAGUUUCUUGCUAGAAACUAACUUCCUACAUAAUACAAGAGGAAAUUUGUAAAUUCCUAGCGACUGUGAAGUUAGCUAGGUAUUAAUUCCUAGCGAACACAGUGCUAACGUAUUGUAAGCAUGAAUAAACUUCCUAGCUUACUCAAAGCUAAAUGAGUGUUAGCAAAGAAGUAGUUGAGUCCUAGCGUUAGAUAUUGUUAGAUGGUAGCUGUUAUUAUCUGCGUGUUUAAGUUAGGCCUAAUGUAUAGUAGGGGGUAAUGCAAAUUUGAAUCGUGACAGGGUGAGCAGGACCCUGACCUGAUGUGGAGGGUUCUUGUCCCAUCCUAAAGGACUUCACUCCAUUUUUGCUAACAAGAAAUUGUUGGGGUCCAGUAGGUCCAGAGGCUGCUCAUGUCUGUGCCCAACUACUGUAACUAUUUCCAGACUCUCAAGACCAGCCUGAGAUAAAUUUACCAAUUAUGAAUGCUAACAAAGUAUCACCAAGUAUUUAACACAGCUAGGUAAGAUAGCCUAGUACCAUUGUUCAAAUAUGGCCCAAUGUCUCUCCAGAUUUUCACUCCUAAUUGUUAGUUCAUUUGCUUCUUGGACAAGAAGCACAUUUAUAUCUCUUAUAACUUGGAACACAGUCAGAGGAAAAUGGCCGCAAUGUGCAUUUGGUGAAUAUAUGAGGAGCAUGUUGACAUUUGAAACAGUGGGUUGGAGUGUUUUCUCCCACUAUAUGCAGGGCUGUGUAUAACACUGAGCAUGGAGGGUCUCUAUGUUUGAAAAAGAAGUAAGGGGCUUAGAAAUUUUAUUUUACAAAGAGUCUAUAUCAGUGAAUAAUAGAUACAUGGAAAUCUAUAUAAUGGAGGAGAUGUUGUAUAUUUUUUUAUAUAUAGCACCUGAAGAUAUUUUGUUGUAGUACUGGUAUAAGUGUGGGUUUAAUAUACAAAAUAUAAAGACUUCUAUAUAUAUAAAUAUAUCUAUCACACAACAGCAAUUCAAAUGAUGGAUCAGUUGUAAAUGGAGGCGGCAGCAUAGAGAGAGUGCACCUAAUACUGUAAUGCAUGACAAAUAUGUUUACAUUAUAUAAUCCUUGUGACACAAACAUACACUCUAAUGACCAAACUUUACAGAUGUUAUAACAGCUGAGAGCUUUCACUUUGGGCUCUGUUGUCUCUCCAUUUUGAUUGAUCUUUCAUUUGAUCAUCAGUAUCAUAAUAUCACACAUGGUUCAUGUUUUCAUUGUUGGGUUUUGUGCACGUCAUUUGUCUGUUAAUGCAUGAAAUGGGUUGUAUGAGUGACUUCUACAUCAAGUUGAGGUCAGCUCUGAUGCAAAAACAGGAAAGCUUCAUGUUUCCUAAAUCAGGAAAUUCAGUUGAACCCCUUUCAGAAACUUUGAUCAAUCGAUAUUUCGCAUGACAUGACCACUUUCAAUGCGGUUUGAGAGUUUUUGUAAAAUAUCAAAAAGUCUGCACUGUGAAAAAAAAGACUAUAUAAAGCCUUGGAAAGUGACUUUGAAUGGAACAUGUUGGGUUAGCUCAACCAUGUUCAAGUUGUAAACUAGACAUAGACUGUUACCACUCACCAUAGAUGCAGCACAAGUGCAGAUUAGCAACAAGUACAGGUGUUAUAAACCAAACUAACUCCCACACUGAAAGUACUUUAUGCAUCGUGAACUUCCUCCUCAUAUUUCAGUUGUCUUCAUUGUUGCAUAACUAUUUUCUCUGUACAUAUGUAAAACACUAUAUAGUAUAACAGAGUGACAUUGUCUUUAAUUGAGACAAAAUAUCUAUUUCAAAUGUAGCCACUGUGACUAGACCAAAGCAACGUUAACACCUUCUUCUUCUUCUUUUGUGGCAUUUCUUUCUCAUCCUCUCGUGUGCUUUUUUAUGUUUACUUGUGUGUCUUCAGUAACUCAUAAAGUAGUUGUUCUUGUAUAUUUUUAUGUGUACAUUUCUUGUACAAAUGACUGUGUUUUUAAUUAAAGAACAAGUUGUCACACCUUAAA